AUGUCAAACAGUACGGAAACGCCAAAAGGCUAUGCCCCGUUCGACUUGUAUCCGUACAAUCCAUCACCAAGUGCAGCAUACGCCUUCGUGGCCCUUUUCGGUAUAUCGGGUAUUGCGCAUUUUAUCAUGAUGUUUCCCUAUCGAUCAGCCUUUCCCAUCCCUAUGAUCAUUGGAUGCGGCAUGGAAGCCACCGCCUAUUAUUUUCGAACACGAUCUCACGACAACCUUCGACAAACCUUGCCUUUCAUAAUACAAAACUUGCUCGUUCUCGCCGCUCCGCCAUUCCUCGCCGCCACUAUUUACAUGUCCCUCGGCCGAAUCACAAGAGCUCUCAAAGCCCAAGAGAUAUCUCUCAUUGGCCUGCGCUGGAUCACUAAAUUAUUCGUCUUGGUUGAUGUGGCCUGUUUUGCCACACAGACUGCGGGUGCAAUUAUGUCGGGCAGUGAAGUGCUAGACGAAGCGAAGAGAGGCCAGAAUAUCAUCAUAACUGGUCUAAUUCUCCAGAUUAUUGCUUUUGCCUUAUUCAUCAUCUGCACUCUCACUCUGCAGCUCAGGCUCCACUCAAACCCGCCUGUCCACUGCCUUGCCGGUUUGGUCACGCACUACCGCCGAUAUUUCAUUGCGCUGUACCUCACUAGCGGUCUGUUCCUAAUCCGCAAUGUGGUCAGAAUUGUCGAGUAUAAACAAGGUGGCGAUGGACCUCUUUUGUCUAAUGAAGCUUUUCUAUACAUUUUCGAUUGUUGUUUCAUGCUGGCUAUCAUUAUUAUCAUUCUUAUCUUACAUCCUGGCCGACUAAUUAUGAAAUGUCGCCGUCAAGAGUUGGUAAAGGACGUCGUGCCCUUGGUUGAAAGGUAG